UGAGUCGGAGAUCGUAAUCUGAGAACUCGCCCCAACGCCCUUCCAGCACCCUUGCGACAGUUCGGAUCCCCGGGGCGGAUUCUGGAACAAAGGUCUGGGUGAUGCUUUUGUCUGGAGACCUGCCAAGAAGGAAAAUGGAGGAGCGGGGCCCCAGGGAUCACCCGCCGGGACUGCAGAAAGACCUUCUCUGGGGGGAAUCCCUGCCCCGGAGGACGGGAAGAGAGGUCAAGCAGGAACCGGACGAGGGAUCCCUUCAGCAGUGGGAAGCUCAGUGGCGGGAGUUCCUGAAGAUGGUGGAGACCCCAUGCCCAGGGAGCAGCAAGCCAUCGGCGGAUCCGUGGGAAAACAGUUUGGCCUUCCUGGGCUCCUUCGAGCAAGUGGCCAAGGCCUGUCGGUGGCCUGAGGAGGAGUGGGUAGCCCGGCUGCGGCCUGCGUUGAGCGGGGAGGCCGAGCAGGCCUUUCUGAACCUGGAGGGGUGCAGCAAAGGGGAUUAUGGGAAAGUGAAGGCGGCCAUUUUGCGAGGGGAUGCCUGGCGGCGGGAGGAGCAGCGCCAGCGUUUCCGGCGCUUCCGUUACCAGGAGGCCGAGGGGCCAAGAGGGGCUUACAGCCGCCUCCAGGAACAUUGCCAGCGGUGGCUGAAGGCGGACAUGUGUACGAAAGAGCAGAUCGUGGAGCUGCUGAUCCUGGAGCAGUUCCUGGCCAUCCUGCCCGCGGAGGUGCAGCGUUGGGUCCGGGAGUGCGGCCCAGAGACCUGCUCCCAGGCGGUGGCCUUGGUUGAGGACUUCCUUGGGAAGCAGGAAGAGCUCUGUAUGCCGGAAAACCACGCAGGGAUACUAUCGGAGGAGGCAACAACCAUCUCCAGAAUUAGCCAGGCUGCACCUGAUGCUGAGUGGAGGGUGCUGUAUGUGGAAACCAAACAGGAGGACAGUGAUGCCAGUGCUGACGUCUUGGGAACUGAAUGGAAGAGUGAGACUGGGGGGAAACUGUGUGAGAAUUUCUCUGGAGGAACCAAGCAGGAACGCUUUGAAGAGAAAUUCUGGAGUCGAGUUCAACCAGCAAACCAAGAAAGAAACCAACGAGAAGGAUGGAUAGAUAAACCCCUUCCUUCUCCACUUGGAGAUUUCCAUCAGAUCUCGCUCCAGCAAAAAAAACAGGAAGAAAAGGAAAGGGAUGGAUGUCUCCGUGAUUGCUGGGAGAUGUCUACUGAGAUCGAAUCCCAGAAGACGAUACUUGGGAAGAACACUGGAGACAGGGAAACACCUCCUGAAGGGGGGAAUUCAUAUCCAUUCCUGGAAAAUAGAGAGACGGUUCUUGGUGCUUUAGCUCUUUCGUCAUAUCAGGCCAUCCACACUGACAAAGGGCAACAUAAACGCUCUGAUUUCAGCAAAAGCUUUUAUGGUCCGUCUAAUCUGUUGAAACACACAAGACUCCCAAAGGGGGAGAAGUUGUAUAAAUGCUUGGAAUGCGGAAAGUGCUUCGGCCGCAGCGCCCAUCUGACCUCCCAUCAGAUCAUCCACACCGGAGAAAAACCGUACCGGUGUCUGGAGUGCGGGAAGAGUUUUGUCCAGAGUGCCCAUCUCACCUCGCAUCAAAUCAUUCACACGGGGGAGAAGCCGUACCAGUGCUUGGAGUGCGGGAAGAGUUUCAACAAGAGCACCAACUUUUUGAGGCAUCAGAAGAUCCACAAGGGGGAGAAGCCGCAUCAGUGCCUGGAUUGCAGCAAGAGUUUUUCCGACAAGCCGAGUCUCAUUCAGCACCAAAGGGUUCACACGGGGGAGAAGCCCUACGGAUGCUCAGAGUGCGGCAAGAGCUUCAGUCACAGGGGCAGCCUAAGUGCGCAUCAGCGAAUGCACACGGGGGAGAAGCCAUACGUGUGCACAGACUGUGGGAAGAGCUUCCGGGAUCAGUCGAGCCUUAUUAGACAUAAGAGAACCCACACCGGGGAGAAGCCUUACACCUGCGCCGAGUGUGGGAAAAGCUUCAGCCAGAGUACCAACCUGACUCUGCAUCAGAGAAUCCACACCGACGGGAAGCUUCCGGUGGAUUCUCCCCAAAUGCUUAACACGGGGGUGGCCAUGUUAGUCUUUCCACCCAAUCCUGCAAACAGUUUAGUGGCGCUUGAAAGCUGACACACCUCCUCCUGGUGCAUCAGAGGCCUUCGGGUUUUCCAUUUCCGUUCUUAGAUGCCUAUGCAGAAGUCAACCGAUCCAUGACUUUGCUUUCCAAGCUCCACCUCUCUGAAGCUUGGAAGGCCAUUAAAAGAAGCAAAAUCUGUCCGGUGUUCCCUGGAAGUAUUCCCUUGGGAAUCCCUUGCUUAAAUGUUUGCCUUUUGUUGGCAAUGUUAAUGGUCUGGUUCAGGGUGGGGGGUGGGGAGCAGCUUCAAUAGCUGAACUGGAUUUGAACCGUUUUGUGUAAAUACUGAGGGCGAGAGAUGAUAAAGCUAUAAAAUCCAUCUGGAGUGUGGGAAUGAGACUCUGGUUGAAGGAUUUUGCAAAAUCCACAGGCAGAGUAUCCAGGGGAGAAGAGAGAGAGAAGCAGAAAAAAAUGUUCCAGGGUGGAGUGUCUGUUCAAGGUCCCCACCAGCUGUGCCCAUUUGUAGGAGACUCCAUUCCAUCUGUCAACCCGACUCCUGAUUUCCUGAUUUUUUUCUUCUCCAGGAGUCAGAAUUAAGGCCAUGAUAUACUGAGCUACAAAUUAACCAAGCUUAACAUGAUUCUUGUUGGCAGAAACCUUUAAAUGCCUUUCAGUUUUUCCUGCAAGGCUGGAAUGCCAUGGCCCUCUGGACAGUGUUGAAGGUCAACUUCUGAUAACCACAGCCCAUCUGGCUAGUGGUGAGGGGUUGCUGGGAAUUGUAGUCCAGCAAAUCUGUCUUUCUAAAACCAGCUCAGGUGACUUUGAAAUGUUCCUCCUGUCUUUUUGGGAACGCUUGUAUUUGCCAACAAUAAAAGAAGCCUCAAGGCCAGUGUUUCUCAACCUUAACAACUUAAAGAUGUGUGGACUUCAACUCCUAGAAUUGGCUGGCUGGGGAAUUCUGGGAGUUGAAGU